CCCUCCUACGCCCACCAUGUCCGCGCAACCGCAGUCCCAGUACGCUGGCUUCCGCCCAGAGACUUUUGUCGCGCCGCCUGAGCAGGACUUCCUCCUCCCGGACAACACGCCCGUCCAUGUCGUCGCGGACGAAACCUCCAUCGCGAUCUCGCUCGCUGGCGCAACCUCACCGACGAUCGUCUUCGAAAAGCAGGAGCGCACGCUUCGCACUAGCCCCCACGGGAUCGUGAACGACGAUCGCGCCGAGCACGCGCCUGUCCUACUCGUCAAGGCCCCCGCGCGCGCCACCGUGGCGCGCGACGAUCUCUGGGCCGCGCUAUAUGCGCUGUGCAUCCGUCGGUACGAGGACGACGUGAUCCCCGCCGCGCUCGACGACUCGCUCGAGAAUGUGGACGAUCUCCUCUUCUACCUCACGCAGACUGGCCUCGCGUUCUCCCCGCCCGACCGUACGGGCCCGCGCGACCUGCUCAUCAUCCGCGCUGCAUUCUGGCAGGGUGCCGGCGCUCCUGUCUCGCGGCACUGGCUCCGGGAUCCCAUCCCCCACCCCUCCCUCUCCAUGACGCCCUUCCCGCGCUUUACCUCCUUCACGCGCGCGGAGAACGUGUGCACGACACACCCGCUGCGCCCGCCCAAGCCCGCGCCGGGCAAGCUCAUCUACUCCCGUUGGAUCUUCUCCCUCGGCGAGCAGCUCACCUUCACGCACAUCGACGCGAGCAACCCGGAGCACUUCGAGGUGUACAAGAAGUGGCAGAACUCGGACCGCGUGAAUGUAGGCUGGCGCGAGCGGGGGCCGGACGAGAAGCACCGGAAGUACCUGGCGGACAGGCUCGCGGAUCCGCAUAUCAUGGGCUUCUUGGUGUCGUGGAAUGGAGAGCAUGCAGGGUACGGGGAGAUGUCGUGGGUGAAGGAGGACCACAUGAACUCGUUCGUGGGCGGGCUGGGCGACUAUGACCAGGGUACUCACCUGCUUAUCGGAGAGGAGAAAUUCCGUGGGCGUCAUCGCUUCACUGCGGUUAUGACUGCCAUGAAGCAUAUGUGCUUCCUCCGCGACCCUCGUACGGAAGUCGUCGUCGGCGAGCCGCGUUACGACCUGCCUAUCAUCCCGCGUCUUAUCGCUUACCUCCCGCAAGAGUUCAACAGAGAGUUCGAGAUGCCUCACAAAAGGGCAGUGUACUUCGUCCUACGCCGCGAACGAUUCUUCCAAGCAGCGAUCCUAUACUAGAGAAAAAAGGUGUCUGUAUAACUUUAUCUGUAAAUAAACAAUGGUCAAAAGAUAGACGUUUCAAACGACAGCGUCUCAUUGAGUUC